CUUAGUUCAUUUUUUGUGGUGGUUAACAUACAAAUGUGCUGCGUGCUGAGUUUUAACUGGUGUCAAGCGUAUUCAUAUUUAAUAUCUAAAUUGCUCCGACGCAGUAGAGUCUAUUAGGCAACUGGAUCGUAUCUUAAUUGUCUUGGCGGACCGUCGCAACGCCAAGAAAGAGGGACUCGGCACACAGAUUAACCAACGCUACAUACAAAGACCCACACACACACGAAGAAGCGUGCGUGCUAGUGUGUGUGUGUCKACGUACGUGUGUAUGUUUCAGUGUAUUUGUAUGUGUCAGUGCGUGCUGCUGUCGUCGUUGUCGCUGCUAAGAGGAAGCAGAAUCAGCAGCAGAAGUCAAAGGCCGUCGGUGGACUCGAAAAAGGAGUCCAAAAAGUUUUAGGGAAUCGCAAACGACUCGACGGAAUGCCGCACCAAUAAUAUAAUUGCAAUAAUCGUAUCAACAAUAACAACAAACACAACAACAAUAGCCAGCGAUCGAUCCCGUGCCCACCAUCCCACAACCCACACAUAGACACACAGAAUGCAGCAACAAGAAUCCGGGGGCGAGGAGAGCUGGUUCGAGGAGCAAUGCCAUCGAGAAAUCACCGGCCAGAAUGAUGAAUACGAGCGCGAGUUUGUGCGUCAGAGCGAUAACAAUUUGAGCACCGUCUGGGGCGCAUUCCAGGACUCGGCCACUGCAGUGGCGCAGCUCUAUCGCGAGCGCUCUUCCAACACAUUUUCUUCAGAGACUGGGGCACUGUGGCUGCCUUUUCAGACCGCAGCUGGCACUGUGACAACACUCUACAAAGAAUCAUGUGAUGGUCUCAAACGCACCAGCGACGCUGCCAUACAAUGCGGCUACCAAAGACGCACACGCGAAUUGGCCGAUUGGGCGCGCAGCAAAAAACGACGCAUGAUAAGGCGAGAGGAUCUGCUGGCGUAUUUAGCCGGAAAGCCGCUGCCAACACAACCAACGAAUCCACAUGCCAAUCGUCGGUCGCCUAAGCCAGAGCACCAUCAAUGUGGUGGACUGCAUCACCAUCAAGUGAACAGUAGCAGCAAUAGCGUCACUGGCCCGGCGAUAGGCUUUGCCAGCAACGGACUGAACAUGAUGCCACCCACCGUCGGCGGACAGCCAACGCAUUUGCUUAGCGCCGCCGGUGCUCAGGCCUCAGUGGGCUCCACUGGCGGCAUCGGAGAUGAUCUGCACACCUUCAAGGAGGCCUUGGUUUUGCGUCCACGAGGACCGGAGCUAUUUGCAUUUGUUGCCAACGAAAUCGCGCGCCAUUGCAAGCGUCCCGGCAGUCCCAUCGAUGACAAAAUGGACAUUUGCCACUACACCAGUAAACGUCAGCGCUUUAUGUAAUCAGCAUCCAGCGUCAUUCAGCGCCACACACACACAUAUAUAUAUAUAUAGA